AUGCGUCGAACAUUUAUGCGUGUGCAGCUCAAAAACCUAGGCAAGUUUAGCCUAUUUCGCCAGGAAGGAGCUUCAUCUAUUUGGCUGGCUCUUUGUUGUACAAACGGAUCUCAUUUGGCCAAGACUGUCGAGUACCCAAAGUACACACUAACCUAUCAGCCGAGCGUAGCUCAACAGGCGUUACGAAGACAAGUCUGGUUGAACUUGGAUCACCCUGGGCCGCCGUCAAUCGUUUCUAUUCCUGCACGCCGAUUGCGUAGAACCGAUGUCGGCAGUUCCAUUAACAGGCCACUCUUCGUUUCUAUCGAUCGUUGUCCGGCUGUUCCUGGCACACGCCGAAAAAUAUUCACCAUGGGCACCUGGAGGCCUUCCAAUAUGACGGCCACGCUGUUGGAGUACGGGUAUCAUACUUCCAUGUGUAUUUACUACGAUGAUAGUGUGGAACAAGCCACAGCGACUAAAGAAGCUCUCGUACUGCACAUCCUGGUGGAAGGUAACACUUGCCCGCAGCACUUUUCCCCCGCAUCCAACGCUAAGUUGCAUCACAUGGUCGCCUACUUACGCACGGCUUUUAUCCAAUGCAAACUGGAUGGCACUUAUCGCGGGGACGCAGUGGAUAAACUUCUACCAGCAGGCGAACAAUGCUUCCUUUCAAAUCCACUCAACGAGGAGGAACCAACAACAGACGGAGUACCUGGUGUGCGGAAGAACUACUUCUGCCCUCAAGGAUUUGAAAAGAAUGAGCUUCUUUGGUCUGGACGCAACGAUACUACAGGCCCCUUUGCUGAAGUCCGACUCUGGCUUUGUUGUCGUAAAUUAAGUCCAGAGGCUCAGGAGAAGGCCAAAUCGAAACAAUACCCCUUCCCGUCCUACAUGAAACAGGUCUCCGCCUUUGCUACACUCAUGCUCGGGACAAGCUGCCCAGAAUACGUGGACCAGAAAACAAAGUUGUCAGCGGAGUUUAUCCCAGUCAUGCAAACAGAAGCAUAUUCAACACUGGAACUGUUCGGAAACAACAACCCGGUGGAUAUCAUCGAUUCAGUCACCGGAGUACGAGCAGUUCUUUCUGUCUGCAAAUACUCACAGCCACGU